AUGGGUUCCGAUCCUCAGUACGCCAAGUGGCCGCUGCUGCCGUUGGCGCAGCACGUCUUUACCCUGACAAAUGCGUAUGCCUUGAAACCGGCACAAGAAGCGGCCGUCAAGGCAUUGCAAGAUGCAAUUGCCGAGGACAAGAUGGCUCCUUUCUACCGGUACCUGGCACACCCCAUCGACGGCAUUCUGAAUGCUGUUGGUGAAGGUGGCGCCUCAGCACCCGGAAAGCCGUUGAGCAGGAAGUCGAGCUUGGUGGGCAUGGUCGCCACCAAGGCUUCAACAACGAGUGUCAUUCUGCCGUGGGACGAGGCUUUGUACUCGAAUCUAAAAGAGGACAACGACAGGGAGCUGGCCGAGUUCCAGAAGGAGGAGGACGAGGCCGUCGAACAGGCUGGCGAGACAGAGGUCAUGGCUGCCAAGGGUAAAAGAGCAGACUUCUGGGCCAGGGUGGGCGAUAAGGACAAGGCAAUUGCCGCGUUCGAAGACGUUUUUGAAAAGACCGGUAUUCUGGGCACCAAGAUUGACCUGGUUUUGGCCAUAAUACGUAUGGGUCUCUUCUAUGGAGACAAGGCGCUUGUACAGAAACAUAUCGAGCGAGCCAAGACUCUGGUCGAAUCCGGUGGUGACUGGGAUCGACGAAAUCGCCUCAAGGCCUACGAAGGUCUUCACCUCCUCACUGUCCGAUCCUACAACCUGGCCGCACCGCUUCUUCUCGACUCUCUUUCUACCUUUACCAGCUACGAACUCUGCACUUACUCCAACCUUGUCGUCUACUCCGUUCUUGCUGGCUCCGUGUCUCUUAAGCGCGUUGACUUCAAGUCCAAGGUCGUAGACGCACCCGAGAUCAAAGCCAUAAUGGGCGACGGUGAGGACAAGCUGAUGGCGUUGAGCGGUGCCCUGAGUGCCGGACCUGGCGCAGAUGAUUCCAUUGGCGCCCUGUCGCCGCAGGCUACCUCUACAACAGCGGUCAAUCUAACGACCCUGGGAUCAAGCAAUGAGCAGCCCGAUGCCGAGAUGUCCAUAGACUUCAGUCCGCUGGCACUCCUGGUCAGCAGUCUGUACAAUGGCAACUAUAGGACUUUCUUCCAGUCUCUAGCCUCGGUCGAGGAGCAGUUCCUCAACCAGGACCGUUACUUGCACGAGCACAAGAGCUGGUUCAUUCGCGAGAUGAGACUCAGAGCAUACCAGCAGCUCCUCCAGAGCUACAGGGUUGUCGGCCUGGAAAGCAUGGCCAACGACUUUGGAGUUACAGUUGACUUUCUCGACCGUGACCUCGCUCGAUUCAUUGCCGCCGGCCGCAUUCCGUGCACCAUUGAUCGUGUCACUGGCAAGGGCGUGAUCGAAACCAAUCGACCGGAUGACAAGAACAAGCAGUACCAGGACGUUGUUCGUCAAGGCGACCAGCUGAUCACGAAACUGCAGAAGUACGGCCAAGCUGUCAGACUGAGAGGCAGUGAGAGGGCAUAG